AUGGACAAAGUCCAGCAACAAGCAGAUUUAAUCGAAAAGAAGAUAUCUCCGUUUGCUGAAAACGUUGGUGGAUUAACUGAUCAGAAAAUCACCGGCGGUUCCCAGACAACACAGCCUCCAGCCACUUCUCCUCCCUCUCCUCCUUCCCCGGACAGUGCCAGUAGCGGAGGCGGCUCACAAUCACCUCCACCGCCGGUAGUGGUUUCUCCGCCACCUGCAAACCAACCUCCUCCUGAUACAACUCCACCUCCAACGCCUCCUUCUUCCCCUCCACCUUCUGCCACUCCACCUCCUUCACCACCUCAGCCUCAACCUCCGCCUCCAUCUAUUCCAACCGGAGAUUCUCCGGUGGUGAUUCCUUCUCCACUGCCUCAACUUCCUCUUCCUGCUCUUCCUCCUCCGACCUUAGUUACUCAGCAACCAGAGACAAAACCUGUUGAAAACGGCCAACAGCAACCAAAUAACCCUAUUUCUCCUCCGUCUCCGCCUUUUACUCCUUUCUCUCCGCCGCCCCCGGAAAAUUCUGGUAGCCAAGGGUCUCCUCCAUCGUCAUUUCCAUCACUCCCGGUCAUCCCGCUAAGCCCUAAUUUAGAAAGAAACCCUUCACAAUCACAGCCGUUGGAUUCACCUCCGGCAGGUGGAUCAAAUCGUGUGCCCUCGUCGUCGUCUUCUCCUCCGUCCAUUUCCGGUUCCGAUAACAAUUCUGGAGGUUCUAAUAGACAUAAUGCGAAUAACAACGGAAAUGGUGGUAAUGCACCACAUAACAAUGCGUCUGGUUACACCGAGAAGACAAUGAUCGGUAUUGGGAUCGCAGGUGUCUUGAUCAUUAUCUUCGUUGCUGCUGCUUUCUUCGUUAGGAGGAAACCCAAGAAAUAUGAUUCGCCUCGGUCUAACCAGCCGUAUUUGCCACCGGAUACUGUCUCUGUAAAUACAGAGGGAUUCAUUCACUACAGGCAAAAACUAGGAAACUCCCGUAGCUCGGCGCAGAACUCAUCACCGGAUACAAACAACAGUUUGGGGAAUCCAAGACACGGUAGAGCAACCCCUGACCAGGCAGUAAUAGGAACCGCAAAAACCCUAUUCACCUACGAGGUGCUAAGCCAGAUAACAGAAGGGUUUAGCAAGAGGUUUAUCAUAGGAGAAGGCGGGUUCGGGUGCGUCUACAAGGGCGUCCUUAGCGAAGGAAAGCCAAUCGCGAUCAAACAGCUAAAGUCGAUUAGCGCAGAAGGAUAUAGAGAGUUCAAAGCUGAAGUAGAGAUCAUUAGUAGAGUGCAUCAUAGGCACUUAGUGUCUCUUGUUGGUUAUUGCAUCUCUGAGCAACAUAGAUUCCUCAUUUAUGAGUUUGUCCCCAACAAUACUUUGGACUACCAUUUACAUGGCAAAGACUUGCCGGUUUUGGAAUGGACAAGAAGAGUCAAGAUUGCAAUAGGCGCAGCCAAAGGACUUGCUUAUCUACACGAAGAUUGUCACCCGAAGAUAAUCCAUAGGGACAUAAAAUCGUCAAAUAUUCUGUUGGAUGAUGAAUUCGAAGCUCAGGCAAAGUAUUUAGCACCAGAAUACGCAUCAAGUGGAAAGCUUACAGACAGAUCAGAUGUGUUUUCAUUUGGGGUCGUGCUUCUCGAACUCAUCACCGGUCGUAAACCUGUUGACACCUCUCAACCUCUGGGUGAAGAAAGUCUCGUUGAAUGGGCACGCCCGCGGCUAAUCGAAGCCAUUGAAAAAGGUGACAUAAGCGAAGUAGUGGACCCACGGCUGGAGAAGCGUUACGUUGAAGGCGAAGUCUUUAGGAUGAUCGAAACGGCUGCGUCUUGUGUUCGGCACUCAGCUCUAAAACGACCUCGUAUGGUCCAGGUUGUAAGAGCUUUGGACACGAGAGAUGACAUGUCGGAUCUGACAAACGGAGUCAAAGUGGGUCAAAGUACGGUCUACAACUCUGGUCAAUACAGUAAUGAGAUUCGUAUUUUCAGACGAGCCUCUGAAGAUUCAUCGGAUUUUGGUACUAAUAAUAGCUAUUACCCUAGCCAAGACUACACGAGCCGUGAGUCUGAGAGCCGAGCCUUCAACAAUAGUACUCGCCGGAAUCAAUAA